UCACUCCAACUGCGUGUUUUUUUUUGUGUUACUGGUGGAUUAUUGAAAGUAAAUCAAUUAAUUAACGUUUUAAUUAUCAUUUAAACAAAAUUUAUUUGCUGAUUUUAUAAUUAUCCGGUGAUAAUUUAAAUAAUUAUGUCAAAUAAAUCAAGAGGAAAAAGAUUGUCGGGAAAAUUAAAGACAAUGGGAGAUCAUAAUAAAUUUUUGAAUCGCAUUACAAAGUCGCUUUACUAUUCAAAAUUACCGAGGACAGAUCGUCUGAGUCUGCCAGUAACUGAAUUCGCUGCUGAAUUAUUUUCUGAAGUAAAAAGCGGGUGUAGUUUGGAACGUCUGGAUGUUGAAGAAGCGAGCAGGAUCUCCAGAAACGCCUGUGUCUCUCCUUGUUCAUUUGUCUUGGCUCUGCUUUACUUGGAACGUUUGAAAGACUGCAAUCCUGAAUAUUUGUACAAAGUUGCACCUUCUGAACUCUUUCUUGUUUCUUUGAUGGUGGCCAGUAAGUUUUUAAAUGACGACGGAGAAGACGACGAAGUUUUUAAUGUAGAAUGGGCUAAAUCCGGUGACUUAACUCUUGCGCAAAUAAACCGAUUGGAAAUGGAAUUUCUUGAUGCAAUCGAUUGGACAAUUUAUGUGAAUGAUGAAGACUUUUGGAAUCGACUGAAAAAAUUAGAAGAACUGGUGGCUUAUAACGAAGCCAAAAAACGCGGCUGGUUUUCGUACACAGAAAUAACCUGUCUGAUAGACACGAUACGACUUACCGCGUUGAUAAACACAAUCUUCAGCAUAUCAACAAUUUGCGUAGCGACGUAUGCAGCUGGACUCGUAACUCUGAUCGGAUCUGCUCUGAUAGCCAGUCACGUUCCCGGAACUUCUUUGGCGCCUCGACAAUCGACCGAAUCCAUACCUGCUGAAUCUCAAUUUAUUUUACCGGAAGCAGAAUCAACUGAGGAAACAGAACUGACUGAUGACUUCCUAGAGUGCAACGCGACCUGCUACAACUGUGUCCUUGAAUCUCCUAGUAUUUCUCCAGCUACAACUGGCAAUACCGGAUGGUUACUCACGAUGAUGGACUGGUUUUCCAAACACGGAGUUCCGAAAAAUAAAUUCGGCUCAGAAAACAAAAUACAAAACUCGGGAGCAUUUGUUACGAACAGUCAGUCCCUUCUGCGUGAUCACGUUCUGUGGGAGGAUCUAAUUGUUGAAAUAAAUUGGAAGGACACUCUGGGGAUUAAUUUCGAGUAUCCGAAAAAAAGUUGGAAGUAUUACGUCGACUAUAUGACCAAGUCAUCAUUCGGUCAUCGGCAUUAACCUGGAUUUGAUAAUUAACUGAUAUAUUAUUAAUGAUAAUAAUUAAUUGGUGAAGCGGUACAGUAAUAAUUAAUACAGUCGUUUAGUUGAUACUAAAUUAUCGUAACUUGAUAAUUAAAUUGGCUGAAUAUUUUUUUAUUAUUGGGAUAAUUAAUAAUUAAGAAUACGUAAAGAUUUAAAAUAACUUUUAAAUAAUGGAUAGAUUAUAGGAGAAACGUAAAAAAAAUAUAUAUAUUUUUUCUACUAACUUCUACCUCAUAACAAAAACUAUCCUUGGAUUUAAACUUAAUCAUUUUUUUCAAUAAAUUAUUUUAACAUUAGCAUUUUUAUUAUUAUUAUUAUUAUUAUUAUUAUUAUUAUUAUUAUUAUUAUUAUUAUUGUUGUUGUUGUUGUUGUUGUUGUUGUUGUUGUUGUUGUUGUUGUUGUUGUUGUUGUUGUUGUUAUUAAUGAUUUUCAGAUAUAAUUUAAUCGUAUAAGUUUACGUCGGACCUACUAUCGCACUAAUUUAGGCUAUCACAUUAAAAGUAGAAAAAAAAAGACUUUUACAAUAAAUAAAUGAGCUAGAUAAAGUAGUCGGAAGCGUAAUUGCGUCGACAGAGUACUGGCAAGGCUUAAAAUUAUUUGAUUUUAAACAAAACACUAUUUACAUUUAUUUUCUUUAAAUAUUUAUGCAGAUGUGACCCAGUCGUUGGGCCACUGAAGUAUAAAUUAUAUGUCAAUAGAAAAAAAAAUAAAAUAAUAAUAUUGGUCGUAGUAUGGCAUCUAUAAAUAGUUUUAAAGUAUGUCUAGUAAAAUUCAAUCACUAAUUUUUUCUUUCUUUUCCUUCUCUUUAUCUUCUUUGCUGUCCGUGUGAAGAAAAAGGAGAGGAGUCAUUCCAAGUAAGCAGCCGAUCGUUACGCCAAUCACUCGACCCUGGAAAAAAGUCAUUAAUUAUUUUUUAUUUCGUCAUUUUAUUUAACUAUUUUUAAAUUCCCGCCAUGAAAAUUCAAAUUAUGGAUUUCGGUCCGAUUUUCGAAACUAGAGUUUUCAUCAGAUCUCAAAGUUUUGAAUCAACCGAUUUAAAAGUUUUUGGUGGCAAUCGAAAGGGAACAUCAAGACUUAAAAUUUAGUAGAAUUUGAAGUCGAUCAGUCGAGUAGUUUACGAGUUGUACGAAAAAUUAAAAUUAAAAAAUCUCUUUUUUGAGGAUUUUUGCGUAGAAUUCAUAAACCACUGGCCCAAUUUGCCUCAAAAUGUAAUUAGUUCUAAGUCUUGAUGAGGUCUUUCGGUUGUCCAUCAGUUUUUUGAGCUCCAAAAUUAACAAGUAAAAAUUUUUUCGAGCUUUCUGAGCAAAAAGUUCUUGGAGUGUUCCCAGAGUUAACCGUUUUUUGGUUUUUUAAAUAUUUUAGGUGAUAGUAUUUGAUAGGAAUAAAUAACAAACCAGAUUCGCAGAUCUUCUAGAGCACGGAAGAUCCAAUUGCACAGGCGUAAGUCUAGGAGGUUUGAAUCCUAUCUUCUGAGCUAGUAAUUCAACAUACGUAGCAGAUCCUAUUCCUAGAAUAUCAGAGAUCGUGUUCCCGAGUGCUGCUGAUGACAUUGUUGAUAUUGGAAUAAAUGAGCCCAGAGUUGCUUCAAUGUGCUCGCCCUGCAAAGCGACAAGAUUUCCAAUUAGUAAUUAUGUACCAGUGGGACCACUUGUUUUUAAUCAUCUCAACUAUUGAUCCCUGAGCCCUGUGUUGUCAUUUUUAUUCUAUCCCCUGAUUUUCAGUUUGCCGUAAAAUUAAUGGAUUGAGUGAUUUUUCAUGACUAAAGCUUUUAAAUUGUAUGUCUCUAAAAGUUUAUGCUCGUCAUCACUUUUUAUUUUUAUUUUACGAGUCUCUCCCUCAUUACAACCCUCGUUACUAUUCAAUUAUUUUGAAUAUUUAAAAAAAAAUGAUUAAAAAUUUCUGGUGUAAAAGUUUUUGAAUUUUAUUUUUAAAAUAGAGUAGAAUAAAGGCGGUUAUUUAAUGUCACGCUGGCAUUUGGGUCAUUUUAAAAUUUAUCAGUUAAAUCAUAGCAAAAAAAAUCAAUCUCAUUAAAUAUUUUAAUAGUAGAGCAGUCAUGUGUGAUUUUAAAACUAAAAUAUUCAAAUACUUACCGCUAUUAUCAUGAAAAAAUUAUCGAGAAAUCCAAAUCCGAUAAACGGAAUCGCAUUUGCGACUGAUACUAAAAAAAAUAAUUAAUUAACGUUAAUAUUUUGUAAAAAAAAGUUAAUUAAUAAAAGCAAAUUUUUUUUUACCUCGCAGUAAAUCCCUGCGCGAUGGCUGUGGAACUGUUUCCGCUACAAGAGAUUAACUUUAAUAAGAUUAAAAAAAUUUAAUAAAACUUUUGUAAAAAAAGUUGUGAUUUUAUUUCGUACUCUCGAUUUAUGCAUACACUUUUAAUUAAGUUAUUAAAUUAUCAGGGUCGAAAAGUUUCUUAUUAAUUAAAAGUUCGGAUUAAAUUUCAGACGUAAAAAUUGAUCAGCAUAAAUCGAAGUUACAAAUUAGUAGAUUAGUGAAGUAGUUGAUUAAUGAUUAGUGCAUAAUAAAAUAAAAAUAUAAAAGCCAUACUCAGUGUUUGAAAUGUCAACUUUAUAUUUCAGAAGACUUACAGAAUAUAUUGUCCGAGUGAAAGAUAAAGCAGAAAGGAGAUAGCCUGUGUCAGUAAUAUUUAUUUUUUUGUUCAAGUGUUAGACAAUUGGAUGCGCAAGUGCCCGAUAGAGCUUUGGGUGGAAGGCAGAGACAAUAGACGUAAAUAAACUAAAUUAAUAAUUGACAAGCUGAGGUUUUGUGACUACACAUACACAAUAGCUGUCAUGUUUUAUGUUUAUUUCUAAGGGUAUUCUCAGACAGUACCCCCGUUUUUUAAAAAAUUCAAUGCCGCGAACUGUCACAAAUUUUAAAAAAAUUACUCACAAUUGUCAUCAAUUAGGAUCUAAAGGAAAUUUGUCAAAUAAAUUUCAGGAAAAUCUUGUCAGUCUUGUAAUUCGAAAUGUCAAAUUUUGUGGACUGAAAUUCUCGUACUAAAUUUCGUUUGACUCCAAAUUGAUAACAACUGCAAGUAAUUUUUUUAAAAAUUAGCAUGCGCAUGAUGAAAUUAUUUAAAUCCGAAUUCACUUGAAGUUCCGGAGUUUUAAAAAAAAUCUCGCACAUGGGGUAAAUAAAAAAUUUGAUUUUUCAGCCGAGUGAUUUUGGAGUGAACUAAAUUUUAUUUAAAUCCGCAUUCUGAGUUUCAAUAUUUAAAUAAACUCCCGGACUAAAUCCGCGAUCGCUCCGCAAAUUUUUUAGCAUAUGAUAGACUCCUGAGAUUUUAGCAGAUGUAAAUUCUUGUGUCCCUAAUAAGAACUAAAGGGAAAACAGACUUAAGUCCGGUCUCCAAUAAAUUAUUCAUACAAAUGUAAGAAGUAGAACAGAUUUUUCAAGCUAGUAAACGGGUUUUCUAAUUCAGUAGACUUCUGUGGCUCUAAAAAAUUUGAAAAAAGCAACUCAAGUAAAAAUACAAGACAAAGCAAAAAUAGAUCUAAGAUUUCUUCUUUCUCUUUACAGUUUUUCUUUCAUUCUUCUCUUUUCUUUUUGCACUGUGAGGCUACUGUAUUAUGCAUGUAUGUAAAUUGCGACAGCGUAAAUAAAUACCCUGGCAAAAUUGUAACUUGUCCUUUUUCCAAUUAAUGCUUUAAUUAAUUAAUUAAUAAAAUUAAAAUACGGUAAUGACAGGAGUCAUUGAAUAUUUAAAAAAAUUACGGGCACUGUCUGAGAAAGCCUUUGAAUAAAUUCAAUUAAUUAAUGAAAUAAACAUUCAAAUAAAAUGAAAUAAUGAAUGUGUUAUAUUGAUUGUCUGAUAUAAUUAAAUACACUGAUAAAUAUAUUUGUUUUCAUGCGAGCUUACGGUUUUCGUUCCAUGGAUCCACUUAAAGCACAAUUAUUAGUUAGUACCAAAUAUAUUAUUUUUUAAAAAUUAUUUUAAAUCAUUCGAAAUAUUCAGUCAGUUAAUUAUCAAGCGAUACAUCUAUUUUUUAAAAGACACAAAAAAAAAACAUUCCGCCACCCUCGCUGCCUCCACUCUAAGCUGAAAGGGACAUUACACGUGUGGUUGUUAAACACACGAUUAUAUUUACGAAGACGUUCUCGUACCAUACUUUCUCAAUAGCCAAUCAUCAGGUACAGCACAGUAACUUCCUGUCGGAUCCACUUCACCCAGACUCGGUACUCCAGCUGGUCGCCCGAAUUUACUUCUCCAUCGAAAUGCAGCCAACUGACCUGUGGGAUCACUAUUAUAAAAGGUAUUCUCUAUAUUUUUUAUCAUCAUUCAGUAUUAUUGACACCGUUGAGUCAUAAAUAAUUAUUGAUACACGUCAUUCACUGUAUAAAGUUAUUAA